AUGGACUCCCUGCAGCUGUUCCUGGACCGGUUCGGACCCAGCUGUGAGGCGGAGGGGGCGUGGCUGCAGAACAUCUUCACCUUCAUCACACAACACCUGAAUCCUGGUACCUGUGGCUCCGCCCACUCAGCUGGUGACCAGUCCUGUGCAGGUGAGCCUGUGUACCAGCUGAGUGUGGACGUUGUGCAGAAGGUCCUGGAGAAGACGUGCCUCUCUCACAGCUUACCUGUCAGCUACAGACCAGUGUCCAUCUCUGAGCUCGUCUCCAAGCAGCACCUGGCCUGCGUCAGCAACCUGUCCUGGAGCACCAAUCAGCAGCGAGCAUGGGCCAAGGAGGUGGAGCUCUCUCUGCCAGGUCAGCAGGCGCUGCCUCGGGUCAACCUGCUGCUGAUUGGCCGGCUGAAGGAGGGGCGGGGCGGAGAGUGGAAGCUGACGGACCGCUAUGGCAGCAUCAGUUGUGAGCUCGUGUCUCCCUCUCCUCUGUGGCAUGAUCGUCCUGUCUUCCUGCCUCACUGGAACUACAUCCCCCAUGAUGCCUCAGGGCAGGAUGAAGUCAGAGGAUAUGUGGAGCUGAUUGGUUCCCCUGUUCUGCUGUGUCCUGAUGCUGAGCAGGCAGCAGGUGCAGGAGGAGGGGCGGGACUUGUCAGAGCGGUGAGCGUCAACGAGGCUGCUGGUUUCCUGCAGAACAGGGUCAAAGGUCAGCGGGUGUCUGUAUAUGGCCAGGUGGGGUCAGUGUGCCCUCUGCUGGUGGUGGCAGGAACCACCUUCUUCUUCUUCAGGGCAGGGCUAUAUGUGAUUGACAGGAAGGUGGGCCUGUGUGUGGCCUAUCAGCCGACGGCGAGGAGGAAACUGAGAGCAGGUGACCGAGUGGAGCUGCAUCACGUCCACUUCCUGUACCGUCCCUGUCCUGACUUCCCUCCCAGCAUGCUUUGCUGCUGCCUGCGCUCCACCCUAAGAGUCACGUCCUUCAGCAGGGUCGGGGGACGUCCUCCCUCCCUUUGCUGUCCUGAAGACGGAGUGUUGCCUCAGUUACUGCUGCAGAACAACACGGGACCGGACCAGUACCUGUGGACGAGUCACCUGUCCUCCCAGCUGUCCAGCAGGUGAGGACUGGUCAGACUGGAACCAGUUUCUGAGACUCUGGUCCCUGGUCUGUUGAAACAGCAGUGUGUCUGUCUUCUCUCCUGGAAGCUGAUGGAGUCUCUGUGGAGACAAAGAGGACGAGGACACCGAGACAUCUACUCAGAGAUGUUGGACGAUCCUCACAGCUGUCCUCUGACUCAGUACCACGUGGACCCUUCUGUCCCUCAGUACAUCAGUGUCUCAGAUCUCCUCCAGUCUCUUCAGUCCAUGUCCUGGUCUUCAGUGUCCCUCAGGUCUCUGCUGCCUCCAGAUGGAUCAUCUCUGAACAGGACUCAGAUCAACUCAGCCCUGUCCUGGUCCUGUAAGACCCUGUCCUCUGACCCUCAGACAGGAGACAGUCUCAGGCUCCGCCCCCUGCUGUUAGUGGGCGUGCUCCAGCUUCCCUCCCAGACGUCAGAAUUCAAACAAACUCUUCAGCUCAGAGACGCUACAGGAGCUGUGGGCUGUGUCGUCACGGAAACCAGCGAGGAUGAUGCAGGGGGUCAGAGGUCGUGCUUUAACACUGCCUGGAUAGUUUACCUGCAGUUUUCUCUGGAUCACCUCCAUGUCCUGAGCCCAUCUGUUGCCAUGGUUACACACCUGAGACAGAGGAGGGAGGAUCCAGAAGGCGGAGUCAACGUGAGGAAGCAGACAGUAGAAGAAGAAGACGCAGUUAGGAAAAGAAGAAAACACGAGGAUUCUUCCUCUGUUACCAUAACAACAGGGCCUGUGGGCGGGGACUCCCUGCCCUGCGUCUCCAUAGUGAUCAGGAUGGAGCAGAAGGAGGAUGUGGCCUGGAGGAACACAGGGGAGGUUAUAACAGAUGAAGAGGCGGGGCUUCAGCUGUGCUUCUCAGUCAGAGCUGCUGUGAUUGGUCCAGUAGUCUGCUGGGGGCGGGACCCAAAGAACAAACCGGUGACGGACAACGAGGUGGAGUUAGAGAGGGAGGAGAAGGUGCUCCUGGUGUUUUCAGGUGUGUCUAAUCGGUGGUUUCCUGUCCUCCAGCCUGGAUGUUUCUACAGACUCAUUGCUGCCAACACUCAGGAUCCGAGCGUUCUGAUUGGCUGUGGAGUCUCUGUACGGAGUGGGGUUGAGCGUCACACUAACUCCACUCUUCUGGUCAGAUCUGAUUGGAGGUUCCACACUCUGACACGCCCCCUGCUGCUGCCCACCUGCAGACAGGUUGUGUCCCCUGCUGUCCUGUCUGUCUCUCAGGUGCUGGACUGCAGCUCUGAGCUGGUGUGUUUUCAGGGUCUGAUUUCUGAGAGGAUCAGUGUGAGCAACAGGACCACAGAGGCUGUACACGCCCACACAGGUGUUCGUCUUACACUGUGUGACCAAACUGGGCGGAGUCUUCGACUGUACCUGGACCUAAGCCACACCCCCUACAUACCUGGCCUGUUACCUGGAAACACUGUGCUGCUGUCAGGUUUCCAGAGGAAGCUGUCCAGGUCUGGAGGUGUGUACUGCUCGUACUCACCUGUCAGCUCCAUAACUGUGACAUCACUGGGAGACUCCAGAUGUGCCCCGCCCCCUCUGGCUCCCAGGAUGUACCUGGGGCAGUGGGCUGGGACUGAUGAGCACAGGUGCAUUGUGGGUCAGGUCAAAGGUCAUGUGGUGUGUAUCCUGUUUCUGCAACUGCAAUGGAGCUGCUCGCAGUGCGGGAGUCUGUACUCACAGGGCUGCAGCUCUCUCUGUGGAUCGUCCUCGUCUGUGUUCCAGUCCAAAGCUAAGGUGGUGAUUGAUGACGGGACAGGUGAGGCUCACGUCUGGUUCUCAGGUGGACUGGUCCAAACUCUACUGGGAUUGGCUGAUUCUCAGUGGGAGGGGCUUCAGAGAGCACUCAGGAUCAGAGGUCACAUCAAAGUUUUGCCCCGAGGGCGGAGCCAGGUGUGUGAAGGUGAGUCAGGAGACUUCCUCCUCCACUUCUUGUUGUGUGUCUGCAGCAUUGAUGUCGUUUGUCAGCCCAUAUCCUUCACCUGCAGGAAACUGACCAAUCAGAGAUCAGAAGAGGUGAGACGCUUCUGUCGAGGAGACAGAGACUUCCUGAGCAGACUGACCCGUCCUCUGCAGCUCACCUGUGUCCACCUGGAC